UAAAAAAAGAAAGAAAAAACCCAGCUUUUUCUGUUAAAAGCGGAUUUGAGUUUGGACUUUCCAGUUCCAGAGCCUGCGCGCUCUGCUGAGUGCUCGGCGGACUAGUUUGACAUUGACGUGACACCGCGUUCCGUGAUCCGUUUGAUACGAAACAUGUAAUACAUGUAUGUUUACCUGUUCGCUUCUUCUGUCACUCGUUAUCCGAGGUGUGAAGUUCGGAUUGGAUUAUCGAGCUAAUCCAAUGAUCGUCGGGUUAAAGGGGUGAAUCCGGUUUUAAAAGACAACGGAAAUGCAAAAGAAAGCUCUCAUACGGAAAUAACGUUUUUAUUGUCGAAUGGAAUCUAUUUUGUAAUCUAUUCUGAGAUCGGCGACCCGCUUUUACUUCGAGACCAGAACGCCGAGUCAGCAGGCGUUUCCGGCGGCGACGCGACGGUCUAACGUGUCCAGGGCGAAAAUGACGAGUUUAAUGGGCGAUUUCUUCUCCAGAGAUUAUUACAGCGUGCUCUUUGCCGUUGUCGUCGUCGCCCUCGGCAUCCUCUUGAAUUACACGGUCAGGAGUGCUCAGGGCAUCUCGGACCUCCUCAGAGGCUCCAAGAAGAAGCACAGCUGGAAAGAGAACAAAGAGCCGCUUCAGACAUCAAGAUGUUCUAUUUGUGAGACUUUACUAGUCACAGUGGAGAGUUUUUACUGUGACAUGUGCGGAGUGUGUGCCGAUGUCCAAUGUUUGAAAAAAGCCAACAAUACUGUAAAGUGUAAACGUAUGUUUACAGAAGUUAUCGGUCCUUUAAAACAUUCAUACAUCAAGGGAAAUCUGCCAGUUGGUUCUGAAUGUGCCGUUUGCCAUGAAGAGUGCGGGCAUGACUUCCGGUGCAUCUGGUGUCACAUGACAGUUCACAUAAACUGCAAAAAGAUGCUUGCUGAGAAAUGUGACACGGGGAAAUAUAAAAAUUUCAUCAUACCACCAUCUAGUGUUGUCCAGACUUUUCACCGGAUCAAUAUCGGCAGAGUGAGUGUAACCCAUGAGAUUCGAGAACCAGAGUGGAGUCAGAACAGGUGGACACCACUCUUUGUCUUGAUCAGCCGAAAAUCUGGGAGCAAAUUUGGAGGGGAAGUAAUUUCCGCAUUUAGGGGAAUACUGAACCCACUCCAAGUCAUUGUACUUGGUGAACAGGAUCCGAGUCUUCUAUGUCAGUGGCUUGACCUCCUUCCUGAAUCUGCACAGCCGAUUGUGCUAGUCGGAUCUGGUGAUGGUGGGAUCGCUUGGGUUUUAACUACUUUGCAUAAAUUACAAAAAAAGAAAUAUCCUCCUGUAGGUAUUAUCCCUCUUGGUACUGGAAACGACCUGUCACGUGUUCUAAAUUGGGGAUCAAAGAUCACAACACCAUUUUCAGUACAGGAGUACUUAGAACAUCUUCAAAAAGCUAAAGAAGGCUAUUUAGAUAGGUGGGAAGUAAAUUAUAAAGUUUUUAAGAGAAGGGGUCUUUCUUUAAAUAGACCACAUCAGUAUUUUAUGUAUAAUUAUCUAAGUAUAGGGGUUGAUGCUUUAGUUGCUUUAAACUUUCAUGAAACGAGGAACAACAGAUCUUACCUUUUUGGUUCCCAACUGAGGAAUAAGCUGAUGUAUUUAAUAUUUGGAACCCAACAAGUGUUGGACAGGGAAUGCAAAGGGCUUGAGGCGUUCAUAGAAUUGUAUCUCGAUGACGAGAGGAUCGACAUUCCCGAGUUAGAAGCUAUUAUUGUUCUCAACAUACAGCGGUAUGGAGGUGGAGUCGAUCUCUGGAAUCUUUCUUCAGGAUGUGAUAGCAACCAGUAUCCCAGGCAAGCAAUAAAUGAUGAAAAGAUUGAAAUUGCAUCAGCUGCCUCUUCUUUCCAGUUGGCUCAGUUCCAACUGGGUCUUUCAGAACCAACAAAACUGGGCCAAGCAAAAAAAGUCAAGCUCGUUUUGAAGAAGCGCAUACCAAUGCAGAUUGAUGGUGAACCAUGGAUGCAGCCUCCUGGGCAAAUAGAAAUCACGUUUGCUAACCAGGCGAGAGUGCUUUUAAAGGAUUAGUAUCAACAGUGUUAAGUAAUAAAUUUAAUUUGAACUUGAUUCUUUAAGGAAACAGAUUUUUUUGUCUUCCAAUUUGAAUUUCAAGCAAAAAGGUAGUUUACCUAUGUAGAAUCAUGGUUUCACACAAUUAAUUUCUCAUGAUUAUUUCUCAUUCAUAUUAUUCCUCUGAAAUUUAUCCACCUUUUACAUUAGUUCAAACAAAACUGCAUGAACUCGUUGUUUUGAAUUUUAUCAAACAUUAAGGUAUUGUAUUUUAUUAUUAUUAUAAUUAAUAAUUUAAUAUAUUACAACAGCACUAAAACAAAUUUGCUUUUAAAAUUAAUUUUCAAUUAUUGAAAUUUUUAAAUGGUUGUUAUAUAUUGGAUUAUGUAUUAGGUUGAAAAAUUAGUUCCUGCAUGACUUACAUUUUAAUGGUUUACUUUUUUUUGUUAUAAUUUUCUUAAUCGUGCUAUGCUUUUAGAUUUGCUGACCAAAUUAUUUAUGUGAUAACUAUUGAAAUGUAGAAAAUGGAUUGUGUUACACAGGUUUUUUGUGCUGUUGACAGUUUUAUUAAUAUGUAUUUACAAUUUGUAUAUUAUAAUUAGUGUUGUGGAUGUCUGUGAUUUUAUUAAUGUUAUAUGAAUUGUACAAGUGUACUUAUCAUUGGAAUGGAUUAGCCAUUGAAAUCUUUGUAAAUGACUGACUUUGUAUAGUGCAGAUAUGAAGAUCAUUGUUGAUGUUAAGUUAGAAAAAUCGAAAUAGUAUUAGGUCAAAAAUAAAGUCAAUGCCAAAGUGAAAUAUACAUUCUAGAUUUUUAUAUUCUUGGUUGUCCCCUUAAUUUAAAAAUUUAAGUUUAAUAUAUUAAAAUUCUUGUUUUUAACCUGAUAUUCAAAGACCUGAGGAUAAUUUUAGUUAAGUGCCUUGUUAUUUUUUUAAUUAUGAUUACUUUCUAAUAAUGAUUAAAUUUAUUCAACUGUUAUGUCUUUGUAAUAUUAAAAGAACAAGGAAACAACUUAUGGGAAGAGGACCGGUCUAUUGUACUUGUAAACAACAGCAAAUAAAUAUUUCACAUGAUGUUUGUCAAUUU